GGCAGUCGUGUAAAUCGCACAAAUCAAUGCGAAAUCCUUAAAUCGCGAUAUUCAGUGUAAAGAUUUCUUACAGUUGUUCUUUUCUUGCGAUAGAUAACUACACAUGAUCUUACGUGCAGUUUUUAAAUAAUUAUGUGUGAACUGGAUUCUACAAAUUGAAUUAUUGAAAAUCUGUUGUGAUUAUAUUAUUACGUGAAAUUACUUAUUUCUGGCAACAUGUCCCAGCUUAGAACGGAUGCUACGAGAUUGAAUCAGGACGAUGGUUUAAAUCCUGUCGCUUUAUCACCACGAAGGGAAGCUCCUUGUUUCUCCCAAUCACAAUGGCGGCAAAUCCUAGCAUGUACUUCCGGUUAGUUUUCACUCUUGAUGUUACGUCAGCAAUGCUAACCAUGGUCGUAGUCGGUACAAUCAACGGAUGGACAAUGAUUUUUCUUCAUUAUCUAAUAGCCGAGACCGACGGCAUGCCGCUAACGUUAACACACGACGAAUAUUCAUUGAUCGUUUAUUUGACAGUAUUUGGUUCAAUAAUCGGUUCACUUGCGGCUGCCCAUUUGGUCGAUCGCAACGGUCGUAAAAACUGCCUCCUUUUAUGCAGCACAAUAUUCAGCAUAGGCUGGUUCAUCAUCUACAGAACAACUUCCGUGCAAGAGAUAUACCUUGCUCGGGUGAUUCAAGCUGUAGGCGUUGGUAUUGCCCACACAAUAAAUCCCGUGUACGUGUCAGAAGUCGCCAGCAGCAACAUCAGAGGCGCCAUAGCUACUGCAAUUGCACUGAACGUUUUAAACGGGAUAGUGCUAACCUGCGCCUUACAUCUCUGUAUGACGUACAAGUCACUCAUUGCGGUUCUUGUAAUAAUAUCCUUUAUGUCCCUCUUCUCGAACACGUGUUUCCCCGAAACUCCGUAUUUCUUGUUGGGAAAAGGUCGAAUGCAGCAAGCAUACAAGUCGAUAGCAUAUUACAGAGGCAUCGUAGAUCCUCGCAUAGUGGGAAUCGAACUAGAUGCUGUACGUGCACAAGUAGUACCCUCACAAUCCAGAAUCAAUUUAGCCUCACAAUCCAGAAGCGAUUUACCCUCACAAUCCAGAAGCGAUUUACCCUCACAAUCCAGAAGCGAUAUACCAUCACAACCCAUUAGCGAUUCACCCUCACAAUCCAGAAGCGAUAUACCAUCACAACCCAUUAGCGAUUCACACUUACAAUCCAUCUCCUCAGUACACUUAGAAUCCAUAAGCGAUUCACACCAACCAUUCACAAGCGAAAUAUACCUACCCUCCACGAGCGAAAUACAGCGACCAUCCACAGGCGAAACACACCAACCAUCCACAAGCGAAAUACAGCAAUCAUCCACAAGCGAAAUACAGCAAUCAUCCACAAGCGAAACGCACCGACCACCCACAAGCAAAACACACCGACCACCCACAAGCAAAACACACCGACCAUCCACACUCCAAAUAUACAGACGAUCCAUACGCAAAAUACUCCGAUCAUCCAUAAGCGAAACACAGCGAUCAUUCACAAGCGAUACACUGCGAUCAUCCACAAGCGAUACACAGCAAUCAUCCACAAGCGAUACACAGCGAUCAUCCAUAAGCGAAACACACCAACCACCCGCAAGCGAUACACAGCUAUCAUCCGCAAGCGAAACACACCGACCAUCCACAAGCGAUACACAGCUAUCAUCCGCAAGCGAAACACACCGACCAUCCACAAGCGAAACACGCCAACCACCCGCAAGCGAAACACACCGACCAUCCUCAAACGAAACACGUCAACUAUCCUCAAGCGAAACACAGCGAUCAUCCGCAAGCGAAACACACCGACCAUCCGCAAACGAAACACACCGACCAUCCUCAAACGAAACACGUCUACUAUCCUCAAGCGAAACACAGCGAUCAUCCGCAAGCGAAACACACCGACCAUCCACAAGCGAAAUACACCAACCAUCCACAAUCAAAAUUCACCGAUCAUCCACAAGCAAAAUACGCCGACUAUCCACAAGCGAAACACACCGACCAUCCUCAAACGAAACACGUCAACUAUCCUCAAGCGAAACACAGCGAUCAUCCGCAAGCGAAACACACCGACCAUCCACAAGCGAAAUACACCAACCAUCCACAAGCGAAAUACACCAACCAUCCACAAGCGAAAUACACCAACCAUCCACAAGCAAAAUUCACCGAUCAUCCACAAGCAAAAUACGCCGACCAUCCACAAGCGAAACACACCGACCAUCCUCAAACGAAACACGUCAACUAUCCUCAAGCGAAACACAGCGAUCAUCCGCAAGCGAAACACACCGACCAUCAACAAGCGAAACACACCAAUCAUCCGCAAGCGAAAUAUACCCAUCAUCCAUAAGCGAAACACAGCGAUCAACCACACCCGAAACACGCCGAUUAUCCACACCCGAAACACACCGACUAUCCGCAAGCGAAACACACCGACUAUCCGCAAGCGAAACACACCGACCAUCCACAAGCGAAACACGCCGAGUAUCCUCAAGGGAAACACACCCAGACCCCACAUGCGAAAUACACUCACGACCCGGAUGCAAUUUAUGCACACAAUUCAAUGUGGAUUCACGCGAAUGGGCUUACAUAGAUGAGGUAGGCAUAGAUUUGAAUAAAUAUACCUGGUCAACCAAGCUGCGAGCAAUACUAGAACCAAGCAACAUAAAAGCUCUGUUUAUCAUGCUCGGCUUGACCAUGGCACAACAACUUAGCGGAAAUUACAUCACUAUGCAGUAUCUGCAGGUGUUAUUUGGCAAAGCAGCGAUCAACAGCGAUCCAUACAAAAUGAUGAUUAUAUUCUACAUUUUAUGCAUUCUAGCUGGCGGUAUCACUAUCGUAACAGUGGAAUAUUAUGGAAGAAGAAUACUUAUGAUUCUGUCUACGCUUGGGACGUUUUGUGCAUCGACUAUUUUAGCAAAUUACCUUUUCUUAGUUGAACAUGAGUUUGUCAUUUCCAUCGAGCCUAUUCCCGUAUUCAUCUUACUAAUAUAUCAAACAGCGUUUCAAAUUGGUUUAGGUACGUUACCCAAUGUUUUCCGAUGCGAGUUAUUUCCUACGGAACUAAGAGGCUUUGUUGGUGCCAUCAUUGUGAUUUUCGAUAAUAUAAUUGGUUUUAUCGUGUGGAAACUGUAUCGAGUGAUUACCGAUAAAAUAGGAUUCUAUGCGAUUUACAUGACCUUCGCGAUAUCAUGCGGUUUGGCAUUUCUGAUGGUGUUCAAAUGGGUACCGGAAACAAAAGGAAAACCAUAUUGCGAGAUUAAAGCGCUACUAGUUGGUGAAACUUUGAAUUCUUCGAAUGAAGAAGUUAGAACCAAUGCAAUGGAUUCGUAGAAUAUGGCAGGAGAAAUUGCACUGUACGUCUGUGGCACGGUGUCUACUUGCACGGAAUAUUUUAUUUCUCAUUUUUAUUAGUAUAACGAUAAAGAUCUACAAUUUUAUCACGAUAUGCAAUUUUUUUAGUAUUUUUGUAGUAGUUUUCUUCGUUUGUUCGUGUAAUUUUAGAAAUGUGUCUAACAAAGGUGAUGGUCAUUUACAAACAUAUCUAUCGUAUAAAUUAAAUUGCAUUGAACUUAGAGGAAUGCAUGUUCUCAAACUAAACUUUUUAUCCAUUUCAUAACACGAACAAUGUAAGAAUAUCAAUUAACUCUUGCUAACUGAAAAAUAGUUUGCAAAAGUAAGAAAAGUAAUAUAUUAAAGAAUGACAAGGUGACAUAAUACGGACAAGAAUAAUUUUUAACAUCUCCACUGUUAUCUAUGCUGUUAUUUCUUGUUUGCAAUAUAUAACAUAUGCUAAUAUUGUCACAAUAAACAGCAGGUAUGCCGAAAAUGUCAGUAUUUAUGCUGAAAAUAACACAAUAUAAUUAACAUAACACAUUGCUAAUAAGUACAUCUAUUACAUUGUGCUUGACGCUGAUAAGCAUAUAUAUAUAUAUAUAUAUAUAUAUAUAUAUCUACUAUUAUAUAUAUGUAAGACAUGGUUUCUUCGGCGUUAUAUUAUAGUUAUUACUGAAAAAUAUUUGAAUAUGUCAGUUCGAAUAUUAUAGUAAUUACUGUAUCAUGGCAUAACGAUAAAUACCUAGCUUUGUUUAGAAGGAAUUCUAUCGAAAUGUUGAAUGUUAUUUUCAGUAAAUACUGGCUACAAUAAUAGUGUUCACUUCAGAAAUUUAUAAUAUUUCCUACUUUCAAUAUACGAUAAUUUACACGAAAAAUUAAAUAGCGAUAAUUUUAUAAAGUUUUGUCUAUCAGCAAUUAUGUAUUUAUUGUACACCUUUUAAACAAAUAUCUUAUUAAAAAGCUGCAAGAAACAUGGAGUUCCUACCUAUAUAUAAAAUCACAAACAAGAUUUUGAAUGUUCUAUUUCAUUUAAGUUUUAUUGUAGACGAAUUUAUUACAGACAUCCGUAGUGGAAACUAAUUAAAGAAGCCCGAAUGAA